AUGGCAUUAACGAGGGUGAUACAGGUUGUCACGUUCUUACAUUUGUUAGUAACUAGAUCGCCGACGGGUAUGAUGCACCCCGAUAAUAUCUCAAGAGAAUUAGUUCUUUUAGUCGAUGUUUCUUCGAAUGUUGAAGGGGUAGUCGUAAAGGCGGUUGAUGUCGGCGGUGACUUUAAUAACAAGCAAGAGUUUGAUGAUCGUGAAAGCAUGCUCAUAUGGAUUAGUAGGAAUGCAACUAACCUUGGUUUUGAUGUGGAAAUAGGAAGAUCAAAUAAUGGUACGGCAAGAAGAAAUGCUUUCGUAACAAUGUUGUGCGAAAGAAGCGGGAAAUACCAUCCUCCUCUAAGGAAGUCUAAAAGAGACGACAUGAGUAGUAGAAAAUGUGAGUGUCCAUUUAAAAUCUGUUGUUAUAUGUUGGCUAGCAAGAAGUGGAGAUUUAGUUUUAUUUAUGGUUUGCAUAACCAUGAUUUGUUCUCAAAGUUACAAGGUCAUCCUAGUGUAUGUCGGCUCAAACCGGAAGAGAAGACAUGUUUUAGUGACAUGUUCUUGAAUCUUAUCCAACCAAAAAAUAUACCUGCCACAUUGAAACAGAAGGAACCCGACAACGUAUCAAAUAUAAGUCAAGUGUAUAACAUUCGGUACCUCAAUAAUAAGGCGAUUAGGGGAGAUAGAAGUGAGAUGCAACAACUCUUGAAAUUGUUGGAUGAUAACAAAUACGUGUCACGGUACAAAACUUGCGACGAUAGAGUUACUGUUCGAGAUAUUUUUUGGACUCAUCCGAAUUCGAUAAAGUUGUUUAACAUAUUUUCGACAGUGCUCAUUCUUGAUUCUAUGUGCAAAACCAACAAGUAUAGACUUCCGUUAUUUGAGAUGGUCGGUGUUACAUCCACCGAGAAGACAUGUGUGUUGGUUUUAAUUUUUUGGAGUGUGAAAAAGAGGAUAAUUUUACAUGGUCAUUAG